GCGAGCCGACUCACACAUACUCACUCCGCUCCCUCGGUCCCCUUCCUCUUAUCGGUGGGCCCCUUUCCCCACACACUCCUCUGAGGACUACCUCCAUUCCCCUUCCGACCAUGGAAGUGAGUUCAUCCGAGGAGAUCGCCGCGGUGCAGUCCACAGUCCACGUCAGCGCGCCGUCAUCGGCUCAUGAUCAGGCCCAUGCAGACACGAUGGACCUUCAUGCCAUCCUUAUAGCAAUCCAGGCACAACUUAGUACGCUUGGACCGUUGCAAGCGCAAAUCAAUGAGCUAGCCCUCGACGUCAACCGCCUCAAGGGCUCCCCUCAUCGCUCUCUCCACCGCUCUCACACCCCUUCCCCUACAGGCUCCGAUUCCGGCUUCCUAGGACUCCAGAGACGGAGUCACCAUGGUUCCCCCUCCUCUGCGGGCCAGGCCCAGCAUUCCCCCUCAGCAGUGGUGAGUGUUGCUACCGCUCAGACCACCCCGUCCGUUGCGGCAGUUCUUCCGGCCACGGCCGCCCCUACCGUCUCUACUACUGCCGUAGGUGCUGCGGUCCAGGCUCGUCAGGAGCGACUCAGGAGGCACGUCAACGUCCUGCGUCGUCUUCUCACUCUGCUCUCUGACCCUGAUCGCACCCUACCCAUCAUCCCUAUUCGCCUAGGGACAUCUACGAGGGUGUACCGCGCUUUAUGGGACUCUGGCUCGCAGGGAGAUUUCGUUCACCCUCGAGUGGUUGAGGAAGCUCGCCUAGCUACCUCUGGGUCUCAGUCUCCUAUCUCCGUUACCCUCGGAGAUAACAAGACGCAGCGCUUCUUCGAUCAGACGGUCCCCGACCUCCACUUCUCCCUCACCCUCCAGCCAUCGGAUAGUACCCAGACGCCUAGGCGCUACCAUUCCUCCGCAUACUUCGACGUGUUGGAGACUGGGUACGACUUUAUCCUUGGCAAUCCCUGGUCUCGCCGGUUCCGCAGCACAGAGGCCGAAUGGGCGACCGAGACACUCGUUCUCAAAACGAAGUGUGGUCAGACCCAUCGCGUCCCGUUCAUUGGAACCACAGGCGACACCCCACCCGACCUACUUCCCCAGGACCCUCGUCCCUCAGGGUCCCACCCCAACAUCGCGUUCACUUCCCCUCGUCAGUUUGUUCACUUCAUACGACAGGAGGACGUCACGUUCUACUCAGUGAACGUCAUGGAUCUUCUUCGCUACGAUCCACUCUGUCUCGAGGUUGAGCUCAUCUCUCUGGAGUCCGAUCCCCCUAACCCUCCUUCCAUCUUCGCGGCUCCCAUCUCUACAUCCACUCGUCAGCCUGCGGAUACCCCCUCCACGUCUCAGGCCCCUGCGCCGUCGACUGUCGAGUCCACACAUACGUCUCGUGCUGACGCAGACGCCGAGGAACUCACACGGUUCACGGCAGACUUAGAGUCGGCCCUUCGCGACCUGAUUCGAGAGUACCGCGAUGUCUUUCCCCCGUAUUUCUCAUAUAGCGGAAUUCCCCCGGAGCGUGGUGUUGAGCAUUCUAUCCAGCUCGUGCCUGACUAUCGUGUUCACCAUCAAGCACCGUACCGACUCUCGAUCCCAGAGGCGACGGAACUCAAGCGUCAUCUUGAGGAGCUCCUUCGACUGGGUUUCAUUAAACCCAGUAACUCCCCUUGGGAUGCACCUGUCCUCUUUGCUCGCAAAGCGGACGAAACUCUCCGCCUCUGCAUCGACUAUCGCGGCCUUAACCGUUACACGGUUAAGAACAACUAUCCCAUGCCCCGCGCGGAUGAGCUGUUUGACCAUCUGGCAGGCAACCGCUUCUUCACGAAGAUCGAUCUUCGUCGCGGUUACCACCAGAUCCGCGUUGCCACAGAGGAUCAGUCAAAAACCGCCUUCCGAUCACGCUUCGGCCACAACGAGUUCACCGUGAUGCCAUUCGGCCUCACCAAUGCACCCGCCACCUUCCAGACGACGAUGAACGAUAUCUUCAGGGACAUCCUUGAAGAAUACGUUCUCGUAUACUUGGACGACAUCCUGGUCUACAGUCGUACCUUAGAAGACCAUCUCAGACACCUCCGCGAUGUCCUACAGCGCUUACGCAAGCAUGGCCUCUAUGCCAAGCUCAGUAAGUGCCGCUUUGCCCAGCGCAAAGUGAACUUCUUAGGACACCAUGUGUCUGACCAGGGUCUCCACAUGGACGACACGAAGAUCACUGCUAUUGCAGAGUGGCCCGUCCCCACAUCUGCCAAGCAGCUUCGCAGUUUCCUAGGCCUCACCAGCUACUAUAGUAAUUUUAUCCAGGGAUACGCUAGUUUCACCACUCAGCCCAUCAAGGGUGAAACGAACCGCGUCGCCGAUGCCUUGUCCCGUCGUCCUGAUCACAAUCAGGAACCCAUCCAUCUUGCUGCCAUCUCCAUCACCACUGUUGAUCAGUCGGUGAUCGACGUGUAUCGUACUCAGUACCUUCACUGCCCCGAUUAUCGCGUCAUCCACGCGACACUGCGGAGUGGCAAGACCGUUCCUUCCUACUCCCUCGGGGAGAACGGCCUCGUCUAUUGGCAUGGCAGAUCUGAUCAGCUAGAACCACAUAUCUGCGUUCCCUCCACCGGACAGCUCCGCGUCCAGGCUGUAGCAGAGUUCCAUGACCAGGCAGCUGCCGGUCAUAUGGGUUUCCACAAGACGUUGGCUCGUGUUUGCCGCCUAUACGUCUGGCCGAAGUCCAAGGACUUUGUCAAAGCGUACAGCCAGGAGUGUCCUACCUGCCAGGAGGAUAACAGUGCGAACCACCUUCCGUAUGGGUUACAUCAGCCCCUACCCAUACCUGAAGGUCGUUGGAAGUCCAUCUCGAUGGAUUUCAUUGGUCCCCUCCGCCCACCCACAGAGCGCGGUCAUGAUGCUAUCUUGGUCGUCGUCGAUCGCUUCACGAAGCGUGCACGUUUUGUCUCAUGCCGCUAUCGCAUUAGCGCUCAUGAGGUCGCCGACAUCGUCUUCGACCGAGUCGUGAGAGAUCACGGCUUACCUCAGAGCAUCAUCUCCGACCGUGACCCGCGCUUUACCAGCACAUUCUGGCGACGCCUACCCGAGGUGUACGGAUCCCAGCUCCGUUUCUCAUCGUCUUACCACCCUCAGACGGAUGGUCAGACUGAGGUCACCAAUAAAACUCUCGGUAAUUUCCUCCGAAAGUUUAUUAGGGAUGACCAGCAGUGGGACUUACACUUAGCCCACACGGAGAUUGCGUACAACCACGCUGUUCCGCCAACCACGGGGAGGUCGCCAUUCUAUUGCGACCUCGUCUACCACCCUCGCGUACCCGCGGAUUUCCUACGACCAUCGCGGUUGCGCCCAGACACUCGUUGCCCUGCGUUUGACGACUGGAUCGCCCACAUGGUGGCGAUUAUGAAGCGCGCACACGAAAGUUUAGCCGACUCCCAGACUCGCAUGGCCGCAUGAGCGAACCGAUCACGAAUGGAUCAUCCAUUCAAAGUCGGUGACGAUGUGCUUGUCGACCCACACCACUUACAGUUCGAAGCAGAUACGCUUCGCAAGUUCAGGCGUCGUUUCUUCGGUCCAUGCUGCAUCCUUUAGGCCGUCGGUUAUGAUACUGCCGCUAGUCCGGUCAGCUUCCGUGUGAAGCUACCUAAUUACCUUCGACAGGCUCGCGUACACGAUGUUUACCACGUC